AUGGCAACAGAAGCCAAACGUCAGAAGGUGGACGACAGUUCAGAGCGUUUGAAAGACUUCCUUCAGUGGUGCGAUAGAGUUGGUUUGGUCCUCAGCAACAAGGUGUGUCUGAGCAAAGAGGGGACGGUGGCAGAUUAUGGGAUGCUCGCCACCGACGACAUAGAGGAGGGCGAGGUGCUAUUUACCAUCCCCAGAGCAGCCCUGCUCCACCAGGGAACCACAAAGGUGUCCUCCUUACUGGAGAAAGAGCGCUGGACCAGCCUAUGUUCUGGUCGGUUUAACCUCCUGUCUCAGAGGUCCAGAGAGGAGCGGGCGGAGCUGCUGAGGGGGACAGGCCUCCCAGAGCUGGUGGACACGGACUUAUCCAACAUCCGGCGCGAGUACAAAGAAGUGGUUGUGCCUUUCAUGCUCCGACAUCCGGACCUGUGGAGCCCAGACACGCACACGCUGGAGCUGUACACGCAGCUGGUGGCCUUUGUCAUGGCGUACAGCUUUCAGGAGCCUCAGGAGGAAGAGGACGAUGAAGAUGAGGAGGAGGAGGAGAAGGCCCCUAACCCCCCGGUGAUGGUCCCCAUGGCGGAUAUGCUCAACCACGUGUCCGAUCACAACGCCAACCUGGAGUUCACCGCCGAGAGUCUGAAGAUGGUCUGCGUGCGCCGCAUCGCUAAGGGGGAGGAGGUGUUCAACACCUAUGGGCAGAUGGCCAACGGGCAGCUCCUGCACAUGUACGGCUUCACCGAGCCGUAUCCCAGCAACCGCAGCGAGACGGCCGACAUCCCCGUGGCCAACCUCCACAAAGCCGCCACGCAAGGUGAUCCUGCUCCAGAGUCCGAGCCCGGCUGGCCACAGGCAUUUCAAACGGUCAGCAAGGUCAGAGAAUUCAGGGACAGGAAACUGUCCUCAGUGAAGAUGGGCCUUAUGUUUUCUACGUGCUGA